AUGUCGAUCGACAAGACUUGGAUUAAUAAUUCAAAUAAAUUUUCUGAUGAGUAUGUUGCUGGAGCGUUUGCAUUUGUUGAGAGAGCUCAGCAAUUUGUGGAUACAAGGGGACUAGUGAAGUGUCCUUGUAACAAGUGUAUUAAUAUCGAAUUGCAAACGAUUGGUGUGCUAGAAAGUCAUCUUUUUGAGAAUGGUUUUCUACGAAGUUAUACAAAUUGGUACUGGCAUGGAGAGGAGGAAAUAAUACCGACCAAUAGAGUAGUCCACCAAUGUCACGAGGACGAGAUGAUGGAUGUUCUUAAUGAUAUAGCACAACCUAACAAUUGUGAAGAUGAUGAGAAUGAGGUUGAUGAUGAGAUACCACCAGCAUCAGAAUGCAGAGGUACUAGCCAAUACUAUAAUGACUUAUUUGCCGAGAUGGAGUCUCCGUUAUUCCCAGGGUGUGAAAAAUACACAUCUUUGAAUUUCGUAGCUAAGUUGAUGCAUUUCAAAGUGUUGGGGAAAAUUCCUAACAAAAUUUUUGAUGGAAUCUUGGAGUUGUUAGAAGAUGCAUUCCCAUCUCCAAAUAAGAUACCAAAGUCACAUUAUGCGGCGAAGAGGUUGAUGAGGAAAUUGGGUUUGGGUUACGAGUCAAUCCAUGUUUGUAAGCAUGAUUGUGCAUUGUUUUGGAAGGAAAAUGCUGGAAAACACAAGUGUCCAAUUUGUGGGGAGGAUCGUUGGGUGGAUAAAAAUACCAAGGGGAAGAAAGUGCCCCAAAAAGUUAUGCGUUAUUUUCCAUUGACCCCUCAGUUGAUGCGAAAAUAUGCGUCAAGGCACAUUUCUCAACAUAUGAGAUGGCAUCAUGAAGGGCGUGUUAAAGAAGAUGGUAUCAUGCGUCAUCCUGCAGAUGGGAAAGCAUGGAAGGAUUUUGACCGUAGCAAUCUAGCGUUUGCAAUGGAACCUAGGAAUGUGCGCCUUGGAUUGGCUGCUGAUGGAUUCAAUCCUUUUGGAAAUAUGAGUUUGUCUUAUAGCAUGUGGCCGGUUGUGUUAAUGACUUACAACUUGCCACCGUGGUUAUGCAUGAAAGAGACUAACUUUAUGUUGACUUUAUUAAUUCCUGGUCCACAUUCACCUGGAAAAGAUUUUGAUGUUUUCUUAAGGCCAUUGGUUGAUGAGUUGAAGGAAUUAUGGGUGAGCGGUGUUCAGACUCGGGAUAUUGUUGAUGGUAGUUUUUUUAAGCUUCGAGCAGCUUUAUUGUGGACUAUAAAUGAUUUUCCAGCGAGGAGUAGUUUUUCUGGAUGGAGUGGUCAAGGUUACACUGCUUGUCCUACUUGCAAUGUAUCAACACCAUCAGUUCGUUUGCAAAAUAAGGUUGCAUUUUACGGUCACAGAAAUUUUUUACCAAUGGGACACCAAAUUAGAAAAAAGAAGAAGUUAUAUGGUUCAGUUGAGAAAAGACCACCUCCAGAGGAAUUUAGCACUGAAGCUAUUUUCACACAAAUGAAUUUUAUGCCUGAAUCUCUUCCUGUCAAAUUUCCAGAUGGGUUUGCAUCUAAUUUAAGGAAGAAUGUGAUUGAAAAUGACAAUAAGAUUACUGGGUUGAAAUCCCACGAUUGUCAUGUCAUAUUGCAACGUCUUUUGCCAAUUGGUGUUCAUUCAUUCCUAGAAAAACCUAUUGCCAAGACCAUUAUUGACUUGUGCACUUUCUUCAAGAUUAUUUGUGCUAGAACUCUGAUUGUUUCUGAUUUGGAGAAAGUGAAAACAUCAAUUGUUGAAAUUCUUUGCGGACUAGAAAUCAUUUUUCCGCCAGCGUUUUUUGAUGUUAUGGUUCACCUAAUGAUACAUUUGCCUCAAGAAGCAAUAGAUGGAGGUCCAGUACACAUGAGGUGGAUGUAUCCCUUUGAGAGAUACAUGAAAAAAUUGAAACAUUAUGUGCGUAAUAAAGCUCGUCCUGAGGGGUCCAUAGCUGAGGGUUAUGUCGUCGAUGAAGCAUUGACAUUCUGUUCUAUGUACUUCAAAGGGGUGGAAACAAGGUUUAAUCGUCCAGAUAGAAAUGUUGAUGCAAUUCCAUCACUAAAGAAGUUGUCUGUGUUUCAAUCUCAAGGUUGUCCGAUCGGUAAGAAGACACUAACAACUUUGGACGAUGAACUUAAAAAAACUGCUGAGUGGUACAUUCUCAACAAUUGCAUUGAGAUUCUCCCAUAUAUUCAAGAGCACAAGCAGAUCCUUUUAUCUAGUGGUGCUGAAAACCUAGAUCAAUUACAGAAAAAGGAGUUCCCCAUGUGGUUUUACAAUAAGCUUUACAAUCUUCGACAAGCAGGAUCUGCAGAAGCUUCUGAAGAGUUAUUCUCCUUAGCAAACGGCUCCUCUAAUCUUGUUUCUUCAUACACUGGGUAUCCUACCAAGAGUAGGAUGAAGCAUGAAAAUAAUAUAACCAGUAUAUUUACUAAGUUCGAGUGGUACAAAAAUGACAAGUUUAUCUUGGCAACUCAGGCAAAACAAAUUUUCUAUCUUGAUGAUUUGAAAAAUGACCGGGAUUGGAAAAUUGUUGAAGAAGUUCAUCAUAGAAAUGUGUGGGACACCCCAGCAGCUUAUGAACAGUUGGAUCCCAUUGAAAUAGAUGUUAUGCAUGACACAAUAACAUCUGAUUUCCAAUUGUUUGUCGAUCUUGGUCCGUUGCCAGAAAUCAAUUUUUGCCGUAGAGAUCAAUCGCCAUAUGUUGUCAAUGUAGAUACUCCUGUUGAUCAAGAGGAAGGUGAAGAGGAAGAGGAAGAGGAAAUGGUCGAUGAAGAGGAAGAGGAGAUGGUCGAUGAAGAGGAAGAGAAAGAGGAAGAGGAAGAGAUGGACUUAGAAGAAGAUAAUGUAGAGGAAAAUGAGAAUGAUAGUGAUAAUGAAUAUUAUAGUGAUGAUUAA